ACUAGAAAGUAUUGCUUUAAAAAACAAGUCAUACCCAAAAAGUAGGCUUGGAGGGGCUGACAUAUCACCCUCCCAUAACCCUGGGCAGCUCACACACACAACGCCCUAUACACGUGAUCCUUUCCCAACGCCAAAGACACAAAACUGCUCAAGGACCAAGGACUAAGGAUGAACCUAAGCAACAUACUAAAGAGCGUGAGCAACAGUCUGGGCUUCGGAGCCACCAUCGACCAAAAGCCAAAGGCGGUCAAGAGGUCACCGUUCACUUAUCAACAGAGUCCUCACUACAGCUCCGAAUCCACUUCAAGCGCCCCCACGAGCUCCGUUUCCAGUCCCAGUUCCAUAUCCGACAGCACUCCCAGAUCUCUUUCCCGCUCCUUCAACAGUGCGUCUACCAAUCUGCUGGUCCCCUCGGACGACGAGGGGCAUCUGACCCUAGGCGAGAAACGUUUGGCCUCGGCGUCAGCUCAACUUUCGAAGAGCCACCAUCCCCAUAAGCAGAUGAUUGAGCAGAUCCUGCGCCAGGUUAGCGAGCUCGAACACACUCUCUUCGAGGACCAGCAGCAGGAGUUCAAGCUGCGAAUGGCUCUCGAGAGGCAGACUGAGCGUUGCCAGGAGCUGGCCUUCUCCCUGGACACGGAGAAGCAGAGGAACGGACGACUGGUGCAGUUGCUCCGUGGGGUGGACACCGCCAGCUCCGGGGACAGCGAGCCGGAGGAGCGAGCUAUGAGCGGUUCCCAUGUCAAGUCUAUGGGGGAUCUUUACGAGUCCAUAAGUCCACUGCUCAUGCAGCAACGCUAUGAUGAACUCUCAAUAUCCCAUCGCCAAAGUCGCAGGCAACUGGCCAAAAAGGAAAAGUCCCUGAGGCUCCUCAAAUGCGAAAAGGAGCAACUACACUCGGAGUACGACCAGUUGUUCGACGAAUACCGGAGCGAACAAAAGCGCUUCGAGAUGCUCUGUUCCCAGUUCAUUCAGAUGCAGAGGAAGAAAAAGCAACAGAUCUUUAAUCUGAAGAACACACUGGGCUACGCCUCCGAGUGCAUCUUCCAUGCCCAGGCUGCCAUUGAUGAGUGCUGCCGGCGAUCGGGCUCCCGGUCACCCAUUUCGCAGGUGAACCUCCGGAAUUUCAGGAAGAAUCUAGACUGCUUCAUGGAUGCCCUGAGGAAUUGCUGUUGCCUCCAGAAAGUGCAUGAAUUGCAGCAGGAACAGCUUCAAAAACAGGAGCAAGGAACAGUUAUUAGAAAAGAAGAGGAGCAAAAAGAAAAGCAGGAGGAUAUGGAUCAGGACUCAACACCUUCCAUAGCAAGCAGUGGCACCUAUGUGGGGGAAGCAGAUCCUUCAGAAGGAAAGGAAUCCCCAAAGCAAUACCAUCGGAGACAUCGACGCCAAAGGCAUUCCAAUCGUUGAAGCUUCACUUUCAGUUACUCCUUAGCGUUAGGUUUCUUUCUUCCUAUCCUGUAAAAUUUGUUUUUAAAAAUGAAAAGUGAAAAAAAAAUUUAUUAAAUAUGUUCACA